GAUUCGGGCUUCGGCAAAUGUCAUUAGAUAAAAAAACUAAAAACUUAAAAAGUUAUUACUAUUUACUAUUGGUACAACUAUCUUUUGUGUAAAGGAAAGCAAAUUGAAAUAAUAUUUAUAAUUCCCAGGCCCAGGACAGUAAAAUAACUCUAAUCUAACACUUCUAAAGUUACCCAUUCAUUUAUAGUUUUGAAAAUCAUAAUGGUUAUGAAACGAGGAGCUUUCAUAGUUAUCGAAGGUGUGGAUAGAACCGGGAAGACCACGCAGUGUAAAAAAUUGGUUGAAAGUCUGUGUAGCAGAGAUAUACCAGCUGAGUACACAAACUUUCCAAAUAGGACAACAGAAAUUGGAAAACUAAUCAACAGUUAUAUUUCAUCAAAAAAAGAGUUACCUAAUGAAGCUGUUCACCUAUUAUUCUCGGCCAACCGUUGGGAAGUAGCCAACAACUUGACCAAGAUGCUAGAAAAUGGCACCACAGUCAUUGUGGACCGGUAUUGCUUCUCUGGCGUUGCCUAUUCUGCUGCUAAAGGACUGGAUAUAAAUUGGUGCAAGGCACCAGAUGCAGGUCUGCCAAAGCCUGAUAAAGUGUUCUUCCUCAAUUUGUCACUAGAGAGUGCUCAAAAGAGGAAUGGCUUUGGAACUGAAAGGUACGAAGUGCUAGAUUUCCAAAAAAAAGUAGCCGAUACAUUUAUGCAGCUGAAAGAAGACAACUGGGAAGUGUUGGAUGCUAGCAGGUCCAUGGAGAUAAUACAAGAUGAGUUGCUACAAAAAAUAAAAUCUAUUGUAGAAAAUGUUGGAAGCAAACCAAUCGAAAAAAUAUGGUUAUAGCCACUGUAGCAUACAAGUAGAAACAAUGAGAGAGACUACAAGAGUAUAGUAAUUUAAAUUUUUGGAAAAAUUAAUACGCACACCACAAUUUUAUUUGUUUUAAAAUUCAAAAAAACUGCAUUUACAAAUCACACCGACAAUCAUAAUAGUUUAAAAAAACUAUAUUCUAGAUUUAUGUAAAAAAACUUGGAUUUCUCUUAAAAUAUUGUAAUGGGAGCUCUGUAGGGGCUUUUGGAUUUCGCGAGUUCGCGGCAGAUUAACAUUUGAAUGUUGUUAAAUAUCUCCAUUUUGAAUGAAAUGACGUAAUCUGCAGAAUUCCAAAAUCUGGAAUAAUUGAAGUACUUCAAAAAAAGCUUAUAUUAUUCUUAUUACUUCACCUAAUAAACUAAUAGCUCCCGCGACGAGUUUCCAUUUAGCUUCAACAGGCUCCGCUAUUGACCCAAUAAUAAUAAUAAGUCUGGAAAGUUCGUUGAUGACACUCCCAUGAUAUGCGGGCGACGAGGGAAAAUACUGCGCGGGUGUGAAAUCGUGGGUGCGGGGAAGUGAGGUGCAUCAGUCGUGGAUUUUUCAUUUAUCACUACACGCCCCCCGG